AUGAGCUACCUGUCUAGGAAUAAUAUUCCAAAUACAUUUUGUGACCUGGUCUGGUCGGACCCUGAGGAUGUGGAUACCUGGGCAAUCAGCCCCCGGGGAGCAGGUUGGCUUUUUGGAGCAAAAGUCACAAAUGAGUUUGUUCAUAUCAACAACCUAAAACUCAUCUGCAGAGCACAUCAACUAGUGCAUGAAGGCUAUAAAUUUAUGUUUGAUGAAAAGCUGGUAAUAGUAUGGUCUGCUCCUAAUUACUGCUAUCGUUGUGGAAAUAUUGCUUCGAUCAUGGUCUUCAAAGAUGUAAAUACAAGAGAACCAAAGUUAUUCCGGGCAGUUCCAGAUUCAGAACGUGUUAUUCCUCCCAGAACGACGACGCCGUAUUUCCUUUGAGGCCUUCGCCCAUCCUGCUGACCCACUUCUCUGCCCUCUUCUUACCCUGACUCUCUUGUAUUACCCUCUGCAGUAUACUUUUUAUUGAGCACUUUGCUGCUGAAAUGCUGCCUCUUGCCUUUUUUUAAUUUUAAAUUAUCUGAGUUUAUUGUUUGUUAUGGUGUCUAUAGCAAUGUUUUUCUAUCAAUUUCUCCUCCAUCCCAUCCCCACCUUGGACUCAUUUGAGAAGACUUGAGAAAUGUCUUAAUACUCAUACUGCUGCAUGUAGCUCUUGCAUAUUUACUGGUCUGGGGAAACAGGAUGUGUUUCCAUUUUUAAAAAAGCCAAUUGAAAAUUACACCGAAAUCACCUUUUGUAUCAUUGAGCCUUUUGUUUUAAUUUGGUAAAUUUUAAGAAAUUUCAGCAGCAAAGUUGUUGUUCAGUGGGCACGAUGGACUACAGAUGCCUCGAGUUAUGUGCACCUGUCCCAGCUGUAAACUUCCGUUGUCCUUUGUUGGAUGAUAUUUUAAAUGGAUAUAAAAUAAAUUGGUCUAA